GACCCAGAGCAUUAACUGGUCUGGUGACUGAGCAUGAACAAGAAAAUUUACUUACAAAUGUGUGGAUGAAAUCUCUAAAAUUAAUCUCUAGAAUUAAAGGAUAUUGAUUGAAGUUCUUCACCCUCAAGUUUAGGAAAUAAAAAAGCAAAGUUGACUAUGUGUACAGGAAGGUGGGCUAAGUGUACGGGCGAUCUGCUGUUUCCGUUGGCUCUGUGUUGCAUUGUAGCCAACAUUCUGCUCUUCUUUCCUAAUGGAGAGGUAUGGGGGAAAGAGCAGCUAACGGAGAGUGUCUGGUACUUCCCUGGAGUCAUUGGAGGAGGAGUGCUGGUGCUCCUACCUGCUUCAGUAAUGAGGGCAGCUGGAAUGAAGGGGAGCUGCUUUGCCAACAGAUGUGGGAUGAUGGUUUCCAUGCUGCUGUCUGCUGUGGGUGUGGCCGGAGCACUGUAUUGUAUGAUAGUCUCUGCCGUUGGGCUGCAGGAUGGCCCUCUCUGUGACACUGGAGAUAGCAUAUUUAGCUACCCCUUCUUCAACGAGACUUUAAAUGAAAGCUACUUGUUUAAUCAGGAUGUUUGGGACAUGUGUGAGCAUCCAAAGAAUGUAGUUCUGUGGAACAUAGUUCUGUUUUCCAUUUUGUUGGGUGUCGGAACCCUGGAAACUGUGCUCUUGCUGUCGCAAGUUGCCAAUGGCCUUCUGGGAUGCCUCUGUGGAACCUGCAUGAACAACAGACAGGGUAAUACGGCAUAAAAAUCACCUUAUUUCAUUCUGUAAUGGAGAAUCCUGUGUUGGAGACCUGUUUUGCUACCACAGCAGUUAGAUCAGCUACACCAUCAUCUAACUGUACAUUUUACCAAUCUAAACAUGGAGAACAACCAGAUCAUUACAACUGUUAGUGAUCAACCUUUUAGUGAUCGUUUAUCAUCACAGUGAUGUCAUGAUGCUUUUGAGAUUAAAACUAUGAACGUGGGACCUUACUUAUAAAACAUUUGUACUCACAGCUUUAAGUAGUAAUUUGCAAAAUUUAAAUUGGUGGGGAAAAAAGGGGCACAGAUCAACGCAAGCUGACAUACAAACAGCAGGCAUUACUGCACCUUGCGCUGUGAUUUUAAAAGUCAAUCAUACACAAAUGCUGAGAACUUAAAGAGCAAGUUUAGAUUUAAAUUUAAGUAUGUAAACGAGGCCGCAGGAUUCCCAGCAAGUCCUGAGUGCCCCAUACUAGGCACAGAAAUGUGCCUCCUAAAUCUACCACACCGUAACUAAUUAACAAGCUCCUCGUGUGCUGGGUCAAAUGUGUUGAGCAGUGAAAACACUUUGAAAAGCGUUGCUAUAAUCCAAUAAAAUCAGUAUGUGCUUGCAGUGUGAGCUAAAAUAAUAAAAAAAAUUGACCUAAUAAAAGCAAUUUUUUUUUCA